AUUAAUAUGGCAUGAAAACGGUAGGCCAACUGACAGCUACAUGAAUUGCCACUCAGGCCUAAGUGCGCGUAAAAGGUCAAUGCUAAUUGACACUGACGCGGCGAAUAAGUUGGCAAUUUCUCGAUAAUUGGGAACUCAAUUACCUACUCUCGGAACGUUUUGAUCGGUUGGUAAUUGUUGUUCAAGAAUAAGAGAGAAAACUUGGAAACUUCGGACUUGUGGCGCAUACUUAGAUAUUUCACUCUUAUCUCUCAGUUAUGUGCUUGCCUUAUCUUAAUUAUUAUAAAUUGAUCAAUUUAAAGUUGGUAAGUGAGCUGCAGAUCCUUAUGGUCACAGUGUGGCUUUCCAAGCUGAGUACAAGUGCGUUUAGAUGCCAUUGAGAGCAUUUGUAAAGGUCUGCGUUGUUCUAAGUAGUAUUUGACAGUUGGCUGAUUGCCGUGGGGCCAGCAGCUUCAGCUCGCUGAAAUAUUAAUUGAGCCCCCGUUCGACUAGCGCAUUGUGAGCGGAGAAUGAGGCAAGUGACACGCGCAUCGCCGGGUCAAAGUCAGGCCCUCCUUGCCUGCCUCAUUAUCGCCGUGUGCGCCGCAUUAAUAAUUCAAUCCGGGCAAGUCCAGGGUGCGAAAGCUCAGCCGGGACGCGAACCCGGCGUGGUGAAUUCGGCGGAGCCCGGCAACGGUGCGUAUGAAAACAGCAGUACCGACAGUAAUGACACAGAAAGGCGGUUGCGCAAAGUAAUUUGGAAAUGCAUUCCCACAGAAAAUGGGAGCACUGGGCAACGCGUGCCGCGCAGUGUGUUCCACGUGCGCUGGAACCCCAACGAGAAGUUCAUCGUGGAGAGUCGCGAGAACCCGGCCAUCAACUCCUCCAAGCUGGCGCCGCAUCCCCGCCUGAAGGUCUCCAAGAACACCAAGCUCACGCUGAGCCCCAAGCUGUACCUCUGCCACGACAAGCACUCGGAGCUGUGCCACAACAAGACCCAGCAGUUCCGCCAGCGCAUUGUCCGGGCCUUCGAGAAGGCCAUGGUGGAGUCGGUGAACGAGUCGCAGGCGAACCACUACAACGUGGACUACAAGCCCGUGUUCGGCGACAGCUUCGAGGAGCAGUACUACCCCUCGACCUGCCUGGUCAUGGAGGCGGGCGUGCGGGUCCUGCGCCGCAAGGACGCGCCCUUCAACAAGCUGCCCUUCGGCCGGCUCUUCCCGCGCCAGAAGCUCUUCCGCAACGUGAAGGACAUCAAGACCUGUGCCAUCGUCUCCAGUGCGGGAUCGUUGGCUGGCUCCAAGCUGGGCCGCUUUAUCGACACGCACGACAUUGUGAUGAGAUUCAAUCAUGCGCCCACGCAAGGACACGAGGUGGAUGUUGGCAGCAAAACCACGAUUCGUGUGGUGAAUUCGCAAGUGGUCACCAAGCCGGAAUUCGACUUCACCCGGGCCCCCAUCUUCCGGAACGUCACGAUCGCCGCCUGGGAUCCCGGCAAGUACAAUGGCACGCUGGAGGAUUGGCUCACCAGCGCUGACUACGACCUCUUCACCAACUACGAGCUGUACAGGCGGCGCUACCCCAAGUCGCGGGCCUUCCUCAUCGACCCCCACUCCGUGUGGCGCCUGUGGCAGAGUCUGCAGAUGUUUGCCGGCAGCCGCCCGAUCAGCAGGAAUCCCCCUAGUUCCGGUUUCAUAGGACUGGCCCUGCUCCUGCCGCACUGUCCCCAGGUGGACUUCGUGGAGUACGUGCCCUCCACGCGACUCAAUGGACGCUGUCACUACUACAGCAAGGAGAUGAAUUCCGCCUGCACAUUCGGCUCCUGGCAUCCGCUGGCCGCCGAGAAGCUGAUGGCCCUGGACAUGAACAUGGCGGAGGACGACGACAUGUCGGUCUUCCAGUUCGGCAUCCUGCGGAUUCGCAGGCCGGACAAACUGCUCUGCGGCUUCAACUUCUUCGGCUACUGAGGAGGAGCGCGAUUCCCAGUUGCCAGUUCGCAGUUUGCAGUUCGCAGUUGCAGGCGGAAGUGGCAGUGACAAUCCAGGUGCAUUUAAUCAAGCGGUUUUCAUCGAGUGCAAUAAACAAUUGAACAAUUCGACUUUGCAAAGAA